CCCGCGGCUCCGCGCCACCCGCGCGCGGCCGUCAGUCGUCGGGUGAGCGGGGUGCGGCGCUAACGCGGUAUCGGACUAUGGCGGAAGGGCUGAUCCUCAUCCCAUAAAAGGGUCGAGUCGUUGUAGUGCAGAAAGUGUGAUCCCAUAGCGCCGGCAAGAUAACCACUAUGAAACAAAUGAAAGAUGGCUUCUGAGCAAACCGUUCGUUGUUGAAGUUUUGUUGUAUUGUUCAUGGAUUUCGAUAGAGCAUAUGUAUACAUCGUUGAAUAUUGUUAAAACGUUACUCGUAAGUCUGGACUGAUAAACGAUCAUAUCUUCCAAAGAGACAUAAUGGCUACGCAAAGAUUUUGCUUGCGGUGGAACAACCACCAGACCAACAUGCUGUCGGUGUUCGACCAGCUCCUGCACGCGGAGACCUUCACCGACGUCACGCUGGCCGUCGAGGGCCAGCUGCUGAAAGCACACAAGAUGGUCCUGUCCGCCUGCAGCCCCUACUUCCAGGCGCUAUUCGUCAAUCACCAGGAGAAACACCCGAUCGUCAUUUUGAAGGACGUCCCCUACUCCGACAUGAAGAGCCUACUGGACUUCAUGUACAGGGGGGAGGUGAGCGUGGACCAGGAGCGCCUGACGGCAUUUCUGAAGGUAGCAGAGAGCCUGAGAAUAAAAGGUCUCACGGAGGUGAACGAGGAAAAAUGUGAUAUCCCAGCUCUGACGAACUCGCUGAUACAACAGCAGCAGGGCAACCCGCACACCCCGCCGCCGCAGCUGCACAGAAUACACCCCUACAUGAACCAGAAGAGGCCCGCCGGCGGCAUGCCGAGCGGCGGAGCGCCGCCCAACCUGCUCAUGCCGCUCCUGGGCAACGCGCUGAUGCAACCCAAGCGAAAACGAGGCCGGCCGAGGAAACUGAGCGGAAGCUCGAGCGACGCCCUGAAUACCGCGGCCAGCCCUCCCGGGGAAUUCGUACCUGAGUCCGCGUCGCAUGCGUCAUCGAACAGGAUCGGGGACCAGUUGAUCCGCGGCUCGCCGGAAAUGCUAGAGGUCAAAAUGUCGAUGGACGGCUUCAACGCAGAGGACGGGGCGACGUCGGGGGGCGAGGAGGGCGGCGAGGCGCUCAUGAUCGACGAGGGGGAGGACGCCCAGUCCAACGAGGCGCCCCCCUCCGGCAAAGACUCCGAGUCCGCAGAAAACGAGAGACCGCCGAAAGAGGACGCCCCGCAAAAUUUUCCAUCGAACGGCCCCAUUAUGUCCAUAGAGAACGGCGCCAUCAAACAGGAGCCGGGCGAGGACUACAGCGAGCCCGUCGAGUACAAGUACAACCCCGACAGAAGCCGCGAAAACUCCAACUCCCGGGACGGAUCCAUAAAGGAAAUAGACGACAAAGCCCGACUAGGUCGCAACUUAAAACCAAAGAAUAGUAAAAAAUUACUACCCCAAAUGUCUAAGUUUAGAGCCCGAACUCUAUUUAACCAGCUCUCCGGUCUGUCCAAUUUGAACCCCGCUCUCAAUAGUUUCGAUAAGUUUCCGCCGGAAACGGUCCUCAUGCCCGCGCUCGCCACGCAGCUGUUCGCGGCCGAGCUCGAGCAGACCAACCUCGGCCUCCCCAACGAGGCCUCCGACCUGUCGCAGACCAAUUGGGAACACCGCAUAUUCCCCUCGCCGAUCAGGAAAAAUAACAUCGGCAGCGUCGGCUACCACGAGGAGACGAACGAGUCGGUCCGCGACUACUGCAUCAAGGAGGGCGAGAACGUCUUCAGGUGCAAGAUAUGCGCCCGGGUCUACACCCACAUCAGCAAUUUCUGUCGACAUUACGUCACCUCCCACAAAAAAGACGUCAAGGUGUUCCCUUGUCCGAUCUGUUUCAAGGAGUUCACGCGUAAAGAUAAUAUGAUCGCUCAUCUAAAGAUCAUUCACAAGAACCAACCCAACAACAACGAGCAGGCGACCAAGCAGGAGUCUUAAUUCGACGACAUCGUCUCUUCUACUUAUACUUUUUUUUCGAAGAUCUGACUUAUCAGUAAAUUAGUAACCGAACUAGUUUCGCGUUGAGUUGGAUUGAAUAGUUCGAGCUCUAAGUUUAUCUGUACAUCAAUAAGUUUGUUGAUAUUUAAGACGAUUGUUAUAUUUAUCUAUUUAUUUACGUUGUUCCAUUUGUUUCUCGGAGUGCUGACGAGGUUUAUUCAUAUCUAUAUUUACUUGUUGUUUUGCACUCACUUGUUACUUAAUUUUAUUACUUACAAAUAUUUCAGGGUACAAAGUAACUACUCAUGGUGAUCGUUAUUCGAGCGUAGUGUAUCGACUACAUGCAAUUCUCAUUGAACUGAAUUAAUUAGCGUAGUUUAGGAGUUAUUUUUACGAGUUAUACCAAUGGUGGAGCCUUUUUGUGAAACUAUUGCUAGAGUGAAUGAUAUUUACUAUCCAGAGUAUUUAUAUCGAAAGAGGCUAUGAUAGGAAAGGCGUUAUUUAUGUAAUUAAUAGUAGAGGUGUGUAAUGCAUUUUCAUUUAACUUGCCUAAUUAGUGAUUUUAGUUGUAGUUCACGAUUCAACUUCUCCGAAGUGAAAACUCAACACGGGCUAUGAUUUUAAAGUGUAGAUAGAUUAGUAUUUAAUUUUAUAUAGUUUAAUGAUGUUGACGCGUUUUAUUGAAAUGUUUUUUCGUUCCAGCAUAGAUCGUUACGGAUAAACAAUAGACUAAAAUAAUCUCAUUUAAGCAGAAGUAGGGUAGACUCAGUUCCUUAAAGUGUAAGCAGUUUUCUCAGUAGGCGCUAUGUUACACUUCCCUGAUCUUCAGAAUCGAGGUCAGUGUCUGCGGUGUGAGUGUCACAUCAUACAAUAAGCUCGUAAGUUUACAACCAUAGGUAUCUCGAAGACAAUAUUGUUAAAUUAAUGUAGGGAAAAUAUAUAUGUGAAAAUUUUACCCUUGGGACGUGGAAUUUAUGUAAAAACAUUAUUUGAGUCGAAACAAAAACGAAUGAGCACGAAGUAUGUCUGAAAAGUCAAACGUUUACAUGUAAAGUUGUAAAUAUAUGCGAUAUAAAAGAUUAUUGUAAUCGUAAAAGUGAUUAGAAAGGUGCUUCGAAAAAUUAUAAUGGAACCAUGAGAUGAUUUGUACAUUCUAUUUUAUUAGAUCAAAAAAAUGCCUUAAAUUAAAAUUAUAUUAAGAGACGGUACUUAUUAAAUUAUUUAGUUAAAUUUAGAGGCAAAACGUAGUCUUCCAUGUAACGAUAGCCACACGUUCGUUUGAGUGAAACACAUUCGUCGUCGAUGGUCGCCGAGACGGCGUCGUGAUGUUAUGUUUUGGUCCCGAAUCAUUUCUUAUUCAAACGUAGUAGGUCCACGGAACGCUUGCCUAUUAGUGUGCCUUUACUUGUAUAAUAAAUAAGUUAAAACUACUAGGUGACUAAGAAAUUUAAAAGAAUAUUAUGUAUAUUAUUUAUUUUCAUUAUUCAACGUUUACAAAGUACUUUAAGAAGCUUCGUUAGACGUAUAGAGACCUCUAGGCCCAAGUAGUUAACGAUGUACGUAGGGAUAUCGUCAUCUCAUGUUUCCUACACUCGGCGUUCGGAAAUGUUCAUACAAAACGAGGCUCUGCCCGGAAACAAUAUUAAGACUGUGAAAUUCUUAAAAAAAACGAAUUUAUUGUACCUUUCGUAAUCUUUAUAUGGAGUUAUCUUUAACGUGGAUAGGUACUUAAACGAGGUUUAGGAUUGCCCGCGGCGACGGCUACGAGCUAUUGUCGGAAGUUUCAUACGAUAGUCAAUUUAGCCAGUGCCUAAACUUAAUUCGGGUCCCGCCGGUGUCCUGCUGACUGUUCCGAGCUAAUUACAGUGACGAAACCCAGAUCUCAGAAAGCAGCUCCUCAAAAUUCCUAUAAGUCAAAUUAGUACUUAGUUAAUUAUUAAGUCAAUUAGUAAAUUAUUUCUAUGGCAGCUACGAAUGCAUAAAAACCCAGUCCUACUCGGUUUUAAUAUUUAUUUAAGUAGCCACAUGGCCGGACUUAGCCGUAAAUGCAAAAAAUGCUAAACUUAUUUUCCGCCCUUGCGGAAAAAGCUGCCCUUGCGGAAAAAAUCCGCCCUUGCGGAAAAAAUCCGCCCUGGCGGAAAUCCAGGGCCACGUACGACUUCUAUUGUCUAGUACUUUUCUCGAAACGCAAGUCGCAGGACAAAUUAACGCGGACCUUUAAAUUGAAACUUCUUUAUCUUUCCUUAAAACUUUAUCCUUUCAGAGUUCCUUUUAUUCUAUAUAUUACAUAAAUUCUAUUAUAUUUGUU